CUGAAACAAAACGUCAGUUCCGGUUUAUACUAUGUAGUUCAUUUCCGGUUGUGUGGAAAGUGCGUUUGGAACCUCGACCGGGAGGAGAGAAGCGGUUUCUAGUCUGACUCCGCUCUCCUCCCCAAUUUAACCAUGGAUUUUCAACACAGAGCCGGUGGCAAGACUGGGAGUGGAGGGGUAGCAUCUUCCUCUGAAAGCAACAGGGACAGAAGAGAACGUCUCAGGCAAUUAGCCUUAGAGACUAUUGACAUUAACAAGGAUCCCUAUUUUAUGAAGAAUCACUUGGGCUCUUAUGAGUGCAAACUAUGUCUCACUUUACAUAAUAAUGAGGGAAGUUACUUGGCGCACACACAAGGGAAAAAACACCAGACCAACUUGGCUCGCCGAGCAGCAAAGGAGGCGAAGGAAGCUCCAGCACAGCCAGCUCCUGAGAAGGUGAAAGUUGAAGUAAAAAAGUUUGUAAAGAUUGGUCGACCUGGUUACAAAGUAACAAAGCAGAGGGAUUCUGAGUCAGGGCAGCAAUCUUUAUUGUUCCAGAUUGACUAUCCAGAGAUUGCAGAAAAUGUCCUUCCCAGGCACCGCUUUAUGUCUGCAUACGAACAGAGGAUUGAACCCCCAGACCGGCGCUGGCAGUACUUACUCAUGGCCGCAGAACCCUAUGAGACAAUUGCCUUUAAGGUUCCAAGCAGAGAAAUUGACAAAGUGGAAGGGAAGUUCUGGACACACUGGAACAAAGAAACAAAACAGUUCUUUUUGCAGUUCCACUUUAAGAUGGAGAAGCCUCCAACUGUUGUCACCACACCAGCACCCACUACUGUUGUUAAACGCCCUCAACCUCCACCUAUGAUGAAUGGGAUGCCACCUCGUCCACCAGACAAUAUGCCCCCUCCUCCAGGAGGAAUGCCUCUGCCUCCCAUUCCUCCUGGAGCAUCUGCUCCCACUGUACCUCCUCCCCAGCUUCCACCUUCCCCUGUUGUGCCUCCACCUGGGGCACCACCUCCAGGACCACCUCCAUCAUUACCUCCUCCAGGUGUGCCACCUCCUGGAGUUCCACCACCUCCUCCCAACCCUGCAGUGCCUCCCCCUGGUGUUCCUCCCCCUGGUAUUCCUCCUCCUCGUAUGCCACCUCCUGGGGUGCCUCCUCCACCCACUCCUGGGGUGCCUCCACCACCUGCUCCAGGUGUGCCGCCUCCUCCCGCUCCUGGUGUACCUCCUCCCCCUGCUCCAGGCGUACCUCCCCCCCCCUACUCCCGGUUUGCCGCCGCCUCCUGCCCCAGGAGUGCCCCCUCCACCAGCUCCAGGUGUGCCACCUCCAGCACCAGGGGUUAUGCCACCAGGAACCAUGCCACCAGGAACCAUUCCACCAAUGAUGAGACCUCCUUUACCCAGCGAUGGACCAACCAAUAUUCCCCCACCCCCUCCCGGCAACUGAUACUACUUGUUUCAAAUCUCUUGGAUACAUCUAUUAGUUAUGUUUUUUUAUAGGCUAUCUAUGGAAUCAAUAAAAUAUUUGACCAUUGAA